CGAGGCCGCCGCGAUGGUGACGAAGGCGAUGCAGGAAGCGAGGCAAGGCAAGGGCGCCGAGCAGGACAAUGAGGCCACGGGCGAGAGCAAGGUUCGCCAGCCAGAGGACUCGCCGGAUGUGGCCGUCGGCAUGAGCCCUCGCGGGGGUAGGAGCCCCCGCGGGGGCCAGGGCUACGAGGACCGCGUCCCCUACACGCCCAGGACAGCCAGGCGGACACCCGCGGCGGCGAGCCCGGGCGGCGGGGCGCCGCCGCAGAGCCCGCGGGGCCCGAGGGAGGAGCGCGAGGAGCGCGUCUUCGGCAACGGCGCUCGGU